GCAACAGGACAUUGGCGGUCAGAGCCGGAGCGGGGGCGGUGCGCCUUGUCUGAAUGCGCCAUGCUGCAGCUGCUGAGAGCCGGGCUGGUGCUGGGGCCCCGGCGGCGGUGUCAGGGCUCGGCGUUGCUGUGGCAGCAGAUGUUCCUGAUCUCUCCUGUCACCUUGUGACCUACUGUCUUUCUGCUGCUCCCCUUAGGCAUAAAGGGAAUUUGCUUUCAUACAUUGUCCAAAAACCCCUUAAAUCCACACUAUGGCCCUCCUCAAAACAGGAGAGCUAGAAGGUGGCUUGACUGAAUUAAUAGCUGUUUCUCUUGAACAGCUGCAGACAGUGUUCUUCAGGAAUAAUUCCCAAUGAAAAGAUCCGCAAUAUUGGAAUUUCUGCUCACAUUGACUCUGGGAAAACAACAUUAACAGAAAGAGUCCUUUUUUACACUGGGAGGAUAGCGCAGAUGCAUGAGGUAAAAGGUAAGGAUGGAGUCGGGGCUGUCAUGGAUUCUAUGGAGCUGGAACGACAGCGUGGUAUCACAAUUCAGUCUGCAGCAACAUAUACCAUGUGGAAGGACACCAACAUCAACAUCAUAGAUACGCCAGGGCAUGUGGACUUCACAAUUGAAGUGGAACGAGCGUUAAGAGUUCUUGAUGGAGCUGUCCUGGUGCUCUGCGCCGUUGGAGGAGUCCAGUGCCAAACAAUGACCGUGAACAGGCAAAUGAAGCGUUACAAUGUCCCAUGUUUAACAUUCAUCAAUAAACUGGACAGAAUGGGCUCAAAUCCAACCAGAGCUGUGCAACAAUUGAGAUCCAAGUUAAAUCACAAUGCAGCUUUUAUGCAGAUUCCCAUUGGCCUGGAGGGAAACUUCAGGGGGCUUAUUGAUCUCCUUGAGCAAAGGGCCAUAUACUUUGAUGGUGACUUUGGCGAGACCAUUAGAUACGAUGAAAUCCCAGCUGAAUUUAGAGCAGAGGCUACAGAAGGACGCCAGGAACUAAUCGAAUGUGUUGCUAACUCAGAUGAACAACUUGGGGAGCUGUUUCUGGAAGAGAAGAUCCCUACAGUUACUGAUUUAAAGCUUGCAAUCAGAAGAGCAACACUGAAAAAAUCCUUUACGCCUGUACUUGUGGGAAGUGCUUUGAAGAACAAAGGAGUACAACCUCUUCUGGAUGCUGUUUUAGACUAUCUCCCAAAUCCAUCUGAAGUCCAGAACUAUGCUAUUCUCAACCAGGAGGAUUCUGAAGAUAAAACCAAACUGCUGCUGAACUCGGUCAGAGAUGACUCUGAGCCCUUUGUAGGUCUGGCUUUCAAACUGGAGGCUGGCCGUUUUGGGCAGCUAACGUACAUUCGAGUUUAUCAGGGGAUGUUGAAGAAAAGUGACUACAUUUACAACACCAGGACAGGGAAAAAGGUGCGAGUGCAGAGACUGGUUCGCAUGCAUGCAGACUUGAUGGAGGAUGUAGAUGAAGUUUAUGCAGGAGACAUAUGUGCAUUGUUUGGAAUUGAUUGUGCUAGUGGGGAUACAUUCACUGAUAAAACCAGUACUGACAUUUCCAUGGAAUCGAUUCAUGUCCCUGAACCUGUCAUUUCAGUAGCCAUGAAGCCUUCCAACAAGAAUGACCUAGAUAAAUUUUCAAAAGGCCUGAACCGGUUUACAAGAGAAGAUCCUACCUUUAGAGUCCUCUUUGACAAUGAGAGCAAAGAGACCAUUGUUUCUGGAAUGGGAGAACUGCACUUGGAAAUCUAUGCUCAGCGAAUGGAAAAAGAAUAUGCUUGUCUUUGUACCAUGGGAAAGCCUAAAGUUGCCUUUAGAGAGAGCAUAACAGCACCUGUACUGUUUGACUAUACUCACAAGAGACAGUCUGGUGGGGCAGGCCAAUAUGGUAAAGUAAUAGGGUGUCUACAGCCUCUGGAUCCAGAGAACUACACACAAUUGGAGUUUGAAGACAGAACUAUUGGAACAAAUGUCCCAAAGCAGUUUAUACCUGCUGUUGAAAAGGGAUUCCGUGAAGCAUGUGAAAAGGGUCCUCUGAUAGGUCACAAGAUUUCUGGAGUCCGGUUUGUCCUAGAAGAUGGUGCACAUCACAUGGUAGAUUCUAAUGAAUUCUCUUUCAUCCGAGCAGGAGAAGGGGCCCUCAAACAAGCUGUGGAAAAUGCAACUCUGUGUAUACUUGAGCCCAUUAUGUCUGUGGAAAUUGUAGCACCGAAUGAAUUCCAAGGAGCUGUGAUUGCUGGAGUUAAUCGUCGUCACGGAGUGAUCACAGGACAAGAUGGAGUAGAUGGUUAUUUCACUCUGUAUGCUGAUGUGCCACUGAAUAAUAUGUUUGGAUACGCCACAGAACUGAGAUCCUUCACAGAGGGAAAGGGUGAAUAUACAAUGGAAUACAGUAGAUACCAGCCAUGUUUACCUAGUAUUCAAGAAGACCUAAUUCACAAAUACCUAGAAGCAACAGGACAACUUCCCGUGAAAAAGGGCAAGGCCAAGAGCUGACUUGCCUCCUCCUGAGUGUUAAUUAGCAGCUUUUCACAAUUUUCCGACAAACUCUUUCUCCUGCGAAGCUCUGUAACCUCAGUGACUCAACACCUCCAGGGUGAAUAGAUGAAUUCAGACUGUAUCAGGACCUAAACUUUAUUAAAAGCUCCUUCCUUUACGAUACAUUCAGAAGUUGCCUGGCGAUCACGGCUGAAAUGGUCACAUACAGAUUUCAUUCAUUUGCAAAAAAAAAAAAAAAAAAAAAAUCUGUUUAAUUAUAAUAAUAAUUUGUCUUUUGAAUUUUUUGUUUUAAAGCGCUUGUAUUAAAAUGACACGGUAAUUAUUUUAUUUUGUUACUUGGGAAAAUAUGACACUGUGACUAUUGUGCCACAAUGUUGAAUCUUCUAGGGUCCCAAUUCAGAGGACUAAGUUUACACAGCUUGAUGGGCAUCAGGUGGAUGAAUUCUUAUCCAGUAGAAUGAAAAUGUGUCCUGGAAGGCUGUUCCCAAACAGAUCCCUUUGCUUCUGUAAGUCACUCAUUAGCAAUAUAUGAUUUCAGGGAGUGAACGUGGAUAUUUAUUUUAUUCUGAUUCCAAAACAAAAUUCUAAGAUCUUCCAAAGUCAUAAAUAAUCUGCCAGCCAAAUUUAUCUGUCAAUGCAAUUUGCUGCUCACCAGCGCUGCUCAGGACAGAGGAGCCCACUAUAGCAAAUUUGAAAAAAAUUGCCUGGGAUUUAGGAUUAUACCAGCCUUAAAUAGAAUUAAAGUGAAUAUCCUUCAUAAACUGUAAUGUUUUAUGGAUUUAAUUACUAUUUCAUUUGCUUGCCUAUCAUCAGGUUCUCUGCCUUUCCAAUGGGAUCUUUUUGUGACUGAAAAACAAACAGGCAAAAACAAAGAAAGAAGCUGUGCUAAUUCUUCCUCAAAUCUCAUAUUCAAGAAGGUAGUUUUAUCUACCAUUGAAAUUGGCAUCAACAGUGAUCCUCAGAAUCAUUUAAUUGGUUCCCAUCAGGUGGUUGCACGGAGUAAAAGCCAGGCUAUUAUAAUUGGGCAGGCUAUUGUUCAUGUGCUUUAAUUAGAGUUUUUAUUACCUAACCAAAAGAAUAACUUUGAUUUUCUCAAAAAGAAAAGGAGUACUUGUGGCACCUUAGAGACUAACAAAUCUAUUUAAGCAUAAGCUUUCGUGAGCUACAGCUCACUUCAUCAUAGCUCACGAAAGCUUAUGCUCAAAUAAAUUUGUUAGUCUCUAAGGUGCCACAAGUACUCCUUUUCUUUUUGCGGAUACAGACUAACACGGCUGCUACUCUGAAACCUUUGAUUUUCACAUGCACAUUUGUUCAUCCCUGACCACUGCAACUCCUGUUAUGCUUACAAUAUUCUCUGCAGAUUUUCAGUUAACAGGCUAUGGGGUGGGGAUGGGGUGUGAAGCUCAAAAGCAAGAAAGCUUUUUGGGACAACGUUCCUGGCACCUUGUUCUGGUUAUCCAGACACAGAACAGAACUGUAGUGACGUGCUUUCCAUUAGCAUUCACAAAAAGAUAGCGAAGAUGGUUAUUUUUAAAUAAGUAUUUUAAACAAAUACAAUUUCAAGGAUUUGCCAGGUGCACAUAGACACAAAACAGAUGCAUCUACCUCCAUGCACACUAAACCUCAUAGGAUCAAAUCCUGCUUGUCUAGCUCCUGUAUGCAGCUAUUCUCAGCUGGAGUACUCUUGUGAACAAGAUCAACUGGAUUUGGCCUUUAAAGGUGCCCCACACUUUGCUUAUUCCUUUUUAAUCAAGUAAAAUAAAUGUUCUUCCUUUGCCACAAACAGAUAAACCCCCUCAUAAAAGUAAUAAGGAUAUAUUUGAGAAAGUAAAAAAAAAUAGGUAAUUGUCACUUAUUUUCCAUAUAUUUGUGGCCCUCAUUUUGUCCUCUUAUCAGAGAAUCACUUUUUUUUUUUUUAAACAAAUAGCUUACAUAGACCCAGAUUUAUCAAUGUAAAGGUCACAAGAGUUUCCUGAAUUUAGGUCAAAAAUCCCUCUGCAGGAAUACAGUGUUAUGUAGUUAUUGAAGGGACUGACAAAAGCUGGUAGGUCAAUACAAGUGGCCUUAGAAUAAGGCUCAAAGAGAAUUUAGGCCCUAAUUCUGAUCUCGCACUAGUGUUAAUUGGAGAAACUCCAUGUUAGUGGAAUUACACCAAUAUAAACCUACGUGAGUGAACAAGAAUCAGACCCUAUAGAUUUCUUGGUGGUCUGGUGGGGAAAGGAUGGUGUCUUGCGCAAGUUUUGUUGGAUCUGUAACAUGGUAACACACCCUGUAUAAGGAGUUUAGGUAACAGUCCAGACCGCUCCAUUGUUUUCUGUUUGAGUAGUAACCAUUAGUUUGUUCAGGAAUUUUGAGGGGUCACUUCUAUCUUUGUAUCUGUCACCAAUCUCAAUUUUUAUGGAAAAAAAGGCAGUGCUCUUACACUUUCAGUAAAUGAAUAGUCCAUUGCAUCAGGUGGGUGAAUUUCAGCUGUUUAUGGGUUUGUGAGGCAGCUGUCCUCUCAGGGAGAAAGAACAGGAAGGACCAAAACGUUCUAACAAAGUGGCAAAGCUUUGAAAAUAAAUACUGUGUUGAAUCUGGGCUUACUGAUUAAAAUACUGUUAUAUAAAUUACCCCCCCUCUCCGUACAGACUGAGCUUGAUGACUCUCAUUAAAACAUUUGACUGGGAGAAUUUAGCUGAGAAUUUAGACCACAGUAUUUCACCUAUUGCAAGGAAUUCCUUUAACUUGUUAUAAGUAAAAAUGCUGUUUUCUUUGGUAUUAAGACAAUCCCAGAUAGAUUGGCAUAGAUUUAAGAGUGGGAGGUGAGGACACCCUACUUGCCCUAAACCUAGAACACAUGGCUUAGGGCAAGGAAUUUUGAGUGAAAAACUAUGAAUGUUCUUACAAAAGGACUUUAAUAUGUUUGGGAUGGGGCAAAAAGGCAGCAGUAGAAAAGACAGUCUGAGAGUACUAGCUGGGUAACUUGAAAACAGCUGUUUGCUGGAGCCCUGCUGUAGGGAUACAGCUGUACAAAGCUUUUUCUGUUCUAUCCAUCUUUGUUCAAGGUAAUAACAGGAACUCUGUGCAUAUUGUAAACAAAAAUAGAUUAGGAAUGACCAUCCUGGGCCUUUGUCCUCAUUUUUCUUCUGAAAAAUUUGUACUUCUCCAAGCAAAUUGUUCCAGGCUGUCUGCACGCUGAGGAAGAUGACACAACAUCAAUUUUUGCUCUGUCCAUAUUUUUACAGUUGCCUUCAUAACCAUGAGGGCUAGAAACUUUUUUUUUUUAAAUGAAAGCUUAGAUAAUGGAGCACAAUUUUGUGUCAAGGAGUAGCUUGUGCACUAAAAAUGUUGAGGUCAUAGAACAGUGGAAUACACCAGGUUCUUCUUCUUGGCUUAUGUUUAGUUUAGUUUGUGAUAGAGAAUGUUUUCUCUGCCUUGCCUGUUGCUCUUUCCAGAAGUGCUGCCUAGGCUGGUCUGCAGCCUGUAAUGGCCAUGGAUUUGGAACCAAUGCCCACAAUGGAGAUUGCUUGGAGUUGCUGAGGAUAAGGAAUGAAUCAGCAGUGUCAUGCAAAAAUAAAACACAACUUCCUCACAAUGUAAUGGUAUUUAUUUUACUGUAGAUAUAAGUUAAAAGCUAACAUCAUUUCUGUUCAAAAAUUUUAAAAAUUAGUAGACAAAUAUUUUUCUUAUGGAGAUGGAAAAUUAACACUUUUCUCAAGACUUUCAUCCAAAUAUAUUAACUUUGUUCACAUUCUGAGUUACAACUAAGUAACUUAGUGAAAUAAAAUCAGCGGUGUGUGUGUAUAUAUUUAUUUCAUAAGAACAUUUUUAGGUAGAUAGACAGAUAUAAUGUGUGAUUUCUUUCAUUUAAAAAAUUCUACAGAGAUUUAUUUUUGGUGAAGGUUGACUAGUUAAAAGGCUUUGAAUUCAUUGCAAUACAGUUUGUGUAGAAGAGUUAUCACAAUACCAAUUGGAACUAUUAAUGCAAGUUUUUUUCCAUUUCAAAUCUUUAUAUAAAAGCCAACAUUAAUGUUUUUAAAUAUUUGCUUCUUUCUCAUUGAAAAUUCCAUUAGUAGACCCAGAUUCUGUUCCAGACCCUUCUCCAGAUUCUGACCAUUGAUUCUCUGACAAGCAGAAGUACUUCACUUUCAGGGGAUGACCAGGAGUCCAAAUGACACGGAGGUGGCAUGAAAUCAUUUCCUGGAGAGCAGACAAAACCAAGGUUAUCUCUACAUUGUCUUUUUUGUUGAUGAAAAGAGAUUUCAGACAAUAUGUGUUUUUGUACCUGUGUUGGAAUUUCAUGUAGUACAACCGAGUAGUCAAAGUCAAUCGAAUCAUCUUUAGUUAUCUGGAUGCACACAAAAGACAACGAAAGAGGUCAACCAAAAUUAGACUAAUGUUCAGAAGCAAUUCUUCCUGGCUCCAUUAGUAAGGCCAGUUAGAUAUUUAAUACAUGCUGUAGCUUUUUGAUUCAUUGUGUGGGCUUUUCACACAGCUAUGGAUGGACUCUCCUUCAUCCCAAGCUCUGAACUAAGGAACACGCCCAACAGGAUCUGUGUGUUUUCCCAUCACUCCUGUGCCCCUUCCUUUUCCCCCUCCUAGACCAGCAUAUAACACACACCUAACCAAAAGCAUAGCCCUCCUUGAGAGUUUCAGCCUUGCCCUUUCUUCCUCUCAUAUAGUAGGGGAUAUCCUACUGUCCUCUCCCUUGAGCCCCAGACUCUUCACCUUCCCAAAGCAGUGGGGCUGCACCAUCCCUGAAAUCUAUACAGCUCAAAGAUCCAUUGUUCUUGAGUUAUCUCUAGGAAGGUUUUUCUUUACUAGCAAAUGAGGUCAUGAUGAAAUACGACAUUGAGAGUUGUGGUAAAAACAUGAUGUAAAACGCAACUCUUUGUUUACCCAUGAAUAGUUGACAUGAUGCUAAACGUGACUUGUGAUAAGAUCAUAAUGGCCAUACUAGGUCAGAGCAAUAGUCCAUCUAGUCCAUUAUCCUGACAGUGGCCAAUGCCUGGUGCUUCAGAGGGAAUGAA